AUGGGAGACUUGAUGCAGAGAAUCAUGGAAAUGAUCAAGGCUGAGCAAGCAGCCAAAGGGUCCAACAAUGGUUCUUCCAACUCCUUUAACAACCAUGGCACUGGCCCCCAGGAUUUCGGUGGUGCAACCAUCAACAGUGGCCAGUAUGCUGGAAACCGUAACAGGUUUAAGCACUCAGAGCACUACGGUGAAAAGGUUCUGAAUAACAGUGGGACUUUCAAUGGUAAUGGCAACGGAGGGACCAUCGAGGGUGGCUUUAAGGCUGAAACAAUGAACUACUAUUAA